AUGCCUACACAUGCGGUUACACGACUGUGUGGAUUAUGCUCAGUAAUUAAUGUAAGUAGCCGAUAUCUAGAAAGCUCUGAAGAAGCAGUACUGAACAAAGGUCUCAACUUUGCAACAACCACGAAGCGCAUUCUAUAUUUGGAUAUAAUAGCCCCUAUUGAAGAGAUAACCGUAAAUAUACCAAAAGCUCAGGGAGAUGAACUAAGGUGGAAAGUGAGACAGGUACUGGGAAAAGUGAAAUUUCCCAAACCAAAUAUCACUAAUGAAGAAAAGUUCGCUAUCAAAAGAUUACAGAUUGACAAUUCCAUCAUAAUACUUCCAGCGGGCAAGGGAAAUACUACAGUGGUGAUGAACAAGUCUGACUACUUUGAAAAAUUGGCCACGUUCCUAAGUGAAACAAAUAUAAUCAACAAAUACUUCAACAAACGAGACACAGUAUUAACGCAUAUCCGUUUUGUUGGCCAAUUAUAUUACAAUUCCACUUUCAAGCAGAACAUUCAAAUUAUCCAUUAA